CCUUUCUUUCGCUCGCUUAACGUCAAGCGAACAGAAAAACCUUUUUUUACUUCUAUUUUUCCAUUUUUUCUCUUGAACGAAACUUGAAAUCAUGUAAUUUUACAACUACUAGUGUUACUCUUGCGUUUUUAUUUGGUAAAAAUGUAAAUUUUAAGUCAUAUUCCUGUGUAAAUACUAGCUUAGGUUAGGUUUCGAACGUUAUGCGAUAAAAAACUGUAUUUUUUUUAAUCAAACUUUGUUUUUUAUGUUGUGCUAAACGUUAUUUAAAUAUCCAUUAUGGAUUUCGUUAAGCGAGAAGACCAGCAUUUAAUUGAAGAGGACCAGUACAAGGCGUAUUUGGAGAGUCUCCAGAAAACCCAUCAAAUGGAAACCGAGUACCAGCACACCGCAAUUUCAAUGGAGCAACUCCACCAAGCCAUGCAGACGUCUCUCAACGCCAGCACCAUCGCGCACAAUUUCCAACUUCCUCUAUCUCCACGACAGAUGUCCACAUUAAUGCUCAAAACAAACCACUUGAGCCGUAAUUUAAACUUCAACGAAAUACCCGCACACUUACCUCGCAAUUUAGUAACGGAUAUAGACUUAGUACAAAACUUGGCUAACGAGAUACCUCAGAACUGUAGGCCUGAAGACUUAGUACUAAGUCAGAAUCUGGGUAGAAACUUAGAUUUAACGCUAGCUAGGAACUUAACUACUGAAUUGGAGCUGCAAAAUAAUCUAGCUCAAUCUUUAGUACAGAAUCUUACUGAACAAGACGUAGCUAGAAAUCUAAGCAACGAUUUGAGUCAAAAUUUGAAUCGUAUCAGUGAUGUGUUACCACAGAAUUUAAGGUCUGAUUUACCUCAUAAUUUGAGUCAUGAAAUUGAUCUGUCUCAUCAUUUGAGUCGCCAAAACUUAGAGCAGGAGAUUUUAAAUCAGAAUGAAAGAAGGACUCCAAUGAUAGUCAUGCAAGACAAUUUAAUUGAGCAGAAUUUGGCUCAACGGUUGGAACAGAAUUUGAGUCAACGAUUGGAGCAAAGUUUGAAUCAACGAUUAGAGCAAAGUUUGAAUCAACGAUUAGAGCAAAAUUUGGGGCAACGAUUGGAACAGAACUUGAAUCACCGGUUAGAGCAAAAUUUGGGGCAACGGUUAGUGAACACAACGAUGGAUCUACAGGAAACUCAACGACCUAUACAACAAAACGAGCAUUUACUGCCUAUGCCUUUCCACAUAAAGUCGGAACAGGAAGACGACGGAUAUUUUUAUGAAAAUAUUAACCAGAAUAUUAACGCAAAUGGGAUGAAUGGUCAUAUAGCAGUCCCUACAGAACACCAACAGCCGACCAACUUACAUAUGUACGUCUUUAACAACCCUAACAUGGACAUACCCGCUUUAAACCCUAUAGACCUAUACUCCCGACCCCAAAACUACGUUCAAAACUACACAAAUAACCGCGAAAACCCACAAAAUUUAGUUGUACAUAGGCAGUUUGAGAAUACCAGCCCUUACCAGGACGAUUUUAAAAAGUUUCCCCAAGAUGGCGUCGAGCAAAAUGGCGGGAAAGACGCAAAGGAACAGCCUAAAGAGAAUUUAAAACCGACGGAUCAGAAUAAGUUGUUUUAUUCGGAAUAUAACGGUCAAAAUCAGAAUGUUUACAACAAUCAAAACGUGGAAAAGGAUGAGGAUGAAAACGAUGGGAAAUUGACCAUUUCCGAAGACGUUUCGAUGAUAAAAGGGGAAUACAUUUGCUAUAAAUGCGCUGAAGUGUUUCCCUCCAAAAGGGGUUUAAAACAACACGCUAAAAUCUGUUGGGAAAACGGUGAAAACGAAGCUGGGGAGAAGUUAGGUAAAUUCAGUUGCGCCCAAUGCGCUUAUAGGUGUCAAUCGCCGGCCAUUUUGAAAAUACACGAAAGGGUCCAUACAGGCGAGAAGCCGUUCUCUUGUACCUUCUGCGACUAUAAAUCUGGUCAGAAAAAUAACGUUGCCAAGCACAUAUUAGUUCACAUGAAAGAAAAACCGUUUCGCUGUCAAUAUUGCGAGUACAGAUGCGCUCAGAAAAACAAUUUAGUGGUUCACGAAAGAACCCACACUGGGUUUAAACCCUUCGCCUGUCCGUAUUGCGACUACCGCACCGUUCAAAAACCAAACCUAGUCAAACACAUGUAUUUACACACGGACCAAAAACCUUUCAGUUGCGAUCAGUGCAGUUACAGAUGCGUUCAGAAAACUAAUUUGACUAAGCAUAAGCAGAGGCAUCUGAACGAAAAGGACGGGGAUAAGGUUGACGUUAAAAACCAAGUCAAGCCGUACAGACCGAGGCAAAAGUCCGUCAAAUGUCCGCAUUGUCCGUACAGAUGCGUGCAAAAGUCGAGUCUGGAAAAACAUCUGCAAUUCAAACAUGCAGAUCAAAAUACGCAGUUUCUAGUGGAGAAUUUUGAGCAAAAUGUGCUGAAAAAUGAUGAGAAUGUGGAAACUAUCCAGAAUUUGAGUGUUAAGAAGGACGAUUACUCGAGUCAAGAUAAAGAGUUACAAGUGCAGUCAUAGUUUUAGGAAGUUAAGUGUAACUAGGUGAAGAAAUUGUGAAUUUUUAAUGACAUUUUCUGGGUUGGAGAUUUCAUAACAGCUUUGUCCCGUGAAAAAGUUGAAAAAUGUCAAGUAUUUUUCGAUUUUACUACUCCCAUUUCAAAUGAGGGGUUUUGUAUUUUUGUGUUUUUAUUCGUUCCCAGUUUAACUUAGAAGCAAUACUACUCCUGACAAUUUAUUGCCAGCCAAUCACAGGAUAGUAUUUUUGUAAUUUAUGUGUAUUCAUAUCUGUCUUUUUUUACGUAAAUGUCUGAAACUGAGUUACAUGAAUCGCCCAGAUUGAAAACCCCUCAUUACCGCAAUUGUCCCCCAUUUUUUAAUACCCUCAUUUACCUCUCAACCCACACAACGGUUGAAAUUGAAAGUGUCAGUAUUUUUUGUCAUUUCUUUUUUAAUUUUUUUAUCAUUUUUUUCGAUUAAUAUUUUUGUAUUGUGAUAAUAAGUUAGUGAUGAUGAAUUUCUAGAAUUAAUAUUGCUGCUCUCUUAUGUGACUAUGUUCCUCAAAAAAUAAAUUUACAAAAUUUUAUAUGCACUGUUUUGUCCGUAGGUUUUGGGAAAUAUUAAAAACAAAAUCUUGACCUCACUAGAAAUAUGUGAAAACACGGAUUUAAUAAGGUUUUUUUUUUACUUUCAUAUGUGUAGUUCAGAAAUUCGGUGUCUUAUUUACCAUAUAUGACGAAGUUCCAUAAUAUAGAGUUGGUAUUACCAAUAUUACCAUUCACCGUUUUACCACGUUAAGCCGUUGCGUUGGUCCCGGUUACUACUUACUGAUGUAAGUAGGUAAGCAGUCAUUACAUGAGUCAUGACGGCGACAACCCACACGAAUUCAAAUUCAAAAUAUCUUUAUUCAGUAGGUAACAUAGUUACACUUUGAAUCGUCAAUUUUUACAUGACGAACGUCUCAUCCGCAUAAAACUACUGCAGCUUCUCACAACCUGUAUAGCCGGGGAAAAGAAGCUGCAAGAAAAACCUCGGCACACGAAAGAAGAAGACCGUUUUACCUGACUUGAAAUAACACAAUUAUUUUAUUACUUUUCUAACACACUCACUGUAAUAGGUAUAUUAAAAUGUGCAUCUAAAAAAUGAAUUUAUUACUAUUUCGAAAUUAUGUUCCAGCAAGAAAUAGCAGUCCGAACAACUAUAUUAAGUAUUUUAAUCUUCUAAUGACGAAUAAAAUUCAUAAAAAAAAAGAAAAAUAAUAAAGAACGAAAUAUUUUAAAAGUCGAACGGUUAUAUCAACUCUAUAUUAUGGACUAUCGUUAAGUUAAAGUAAAUACGCAACGAAUGAAGAGUUUUCCAGUAGGUGUAGUAAUUUUAGUUCUUUCAAUGAGCAGAGAUGGCGCUGAAAUCACUUUUGGAAGUUUAUUCAAGUAAAUAAAUCAAAACACAACAGUCCAUUUAUUUGGAUCAUUCGACAUUUUUUUUUUCUAAAGCGAUGUCAACGCCAUCUCUCCAUAAUGAUGGAACUACUAACUGGAAAACUCCCAAAACAAAAUGGUGCCGGUUUUCGCACAAUGAUUGAUUGUAAUCAGCCAGUAAUUGUAUACCACAUAAAAGAUCUAUUGAAAUAAAAGGGUUGUGAAAAAAAACUUAACAAAAAAACUGUUUUGAGAUUCACUUUUUUAUCAAUUAGGCAUUUACACCCGUGUUGUAAGAUGUUAACUCGACUCUUCUUCUAUUCGACUCAGCCUCAGCUGAGCAUUUUGGUAUUUUAAGUUGACAUUUACGCCCUCGACUUGAGGACUUUACUCACUGGAGUCGAGCAUGUCAUACUGCCAACAUAAUAGUACGACAAUGAUGACGUCAUGCUUAGAGUAAACUCGAGUGAAGGCGCUGUAUAAGAAUACCGAUUUUGAGCUGACUUCGAGGAAGGCGAGGAAGUUGGAGUGAACAUCUUAGAAUUGGGUAGUUUCUUAUGUCAAAGAUAAAUAAUGAAAUUCUUAUUACUAAAUAAAGACAGACAGGUCUAAAGGUGACAAAAACGUUUUCAUUUUUCUUUUUUUUCGCAUUUUUUUUUCGUUUUUUUUUCUAAUAUGCUUUAUUUCUUUAACAAAAGAGUUUACAAUAAAACUAGUGGCUGGUACCUCCUUUUAAGCUUGAAACAGAAAACAAAAGGAAACUGAAUCAACAAUAAAAACAAUACUAUAAAUCCAUCUGUCAACAAGUAUUUAUAUAACUUAUUUAAGAUUUUUUAUAUAAAAAAAUGUAAUAAUGAGUGCGACAUUUUGUCACGUUUUUCUAUGACGUCACAGUGUGCUUUUUCAUACGAAUUCCAUAGUAAUUUCGUGUUCUGACGUUUAGUAAAAAGUAACUGAUUUGACUAGUUGGAAACUACCCUAUUCGGGUGUUAGUUUUUAAGUCUUAUGAUGUGUCCUGUAAUGCCUAUAGGCUGUGAGAGGGAUUUUAUACAAAAAAUAAGUGUUCUAUAAAACUAAAAUUGUAUAUUGAUGUUGACUGUUUAGUAGAGAUUGUGACCGAUGAGAAUUUUUAAGUAAAGUCAUAAUGAGGUGAGGGACUCCAGACUACGUUCCCCAAAAAAUAUAGAUGGCGCUGUACAGAGUUGCCUUCGUUUAUUAACCUUCUUGCCUUAACCUUGGACCACCGGCUUAACGUGCCCUCCGAAGCACGGAAUCAUAUUUUCCAGGCAAUCAGGUUAUUCAAGCCUGAAAAGUCCUCACAAAACAAAGGACAGUCUCACGAAGUGAUUUCGACAAUGCCCUCAUCGGGAAUCGAAGCUGGACCUCCAGAUCAUGAGCCUAACUCUCAAACCACUACACCACGGAGGCUGUUUCCAAACAAUAAAGUUAAAAUAUAAUUCGAAUUGGCCAUAAUCUCUACUAAGUAGUCACUUAAAAAAAUGUUACCAAGAGAUUUUGACGGUAUCUAAUGGAUUAAAAGAAUUUAGAGAGUACUUGAACAUAACUUAAAUUAUGCAUAUUUACUUGAAUGUCGCUCGCCAAUCAACGAAUUUCUGAAUUCAAAGGAAUACUAAUUUCCAUAUUCAAACACAAAACAACAAAGUACACAGUUCCAAAAUCUAAUUCUGAAUCACAGUAAUUCAAUACUUGAAGAACAAAAAAACAUUUAAAUAAAUAAAAAACAAACAUUCGAAAACAAAACAACAAUAAAGUACGCAGUUCUAAAAUCAAUUUCUGAAUCACUGUAAUUCUAAUACUCGAUGAACAUGGAAAAAUUCUGAAUGCAAUGGAACGCUAAUUUCCAUAUUCAAACCCAAAACAACAAUAAAGUACGCAGUUCCAAAAUCAAAUUCUGAAUCAAGGUAAAUGUAAAUACUCGAUGAACACGGAAAUUUGUAUUUGGAAAUGCGACGAAUGCCGAGCGAUAUUAAGAAUAUAGAAAUCCGGGGAAACCUGGGCUGGUCCAGCUUUCCCCGGAUUUUUCCUAGUUUAAAACGCGUUAGGGCGGUGUUUUAUUCUAUACAGGGUUAUUUUUAAAACAUCAACAAACUCGCAGGAGUAGAUAGCUGACAUCAUAAACAACAUUUGUUCAACAAGUUGUGAUAAUUUGUUACAUUUUACUUUCAUACAAAAAUGAAUAUCAAUUUAACUUCACGUCUGAAUGUUCUUAACUCCGAAUGUGUUUUUUCAAAAAUGCGCUUUCGUGGUUUUUAUUAUAAUACCACGAUAUAGAAAAAAAAAGUAAUUUAAGUUCAGUUCAAGUACAACUCUACAUAAUCAUCACAAAAUUGUUAAUAGAUUUUAACGAAUUGAAUAGUUUUAAGUGAUUAGUGUUAUUUUUUACGUUAUAAUCAUUUUUGUAUGUUCUUUUUUGUAAUAAAUGCCGCUUACCAAAGUGUA